CGUCUGGCCUUCAGUACAUCGUUGUUUGUUCUGUUGCAAACACAUACAGACCCCAAACAGCAGAUUCCGGCAGAAAGCACGUUCAGUUGGAGCACAACAAACGGUAACAUGGCCCCCAACGAUCCAUCGCAUCCUGGUGGAAAGUCACCCGCCGUGGCGAUCGCCGCCAGCCACACCAUAUCAUACGUGCAGUGCCAGAACCUCAAGUACAACGUCAUCAUCCUCGGCUGGCUGGGCGUGAUCAUCUCCGCCGUCAUCCUGGGCAGCUCCGCGCUGACCAUCCACUUUCGUCCGGACAUCGAGCUGCUGCUCAACCAGUGGCCCAUGAACUUGGUCCCGAUCGCAGAACAGCAGCUACUGAUCAAUUUGUUGACCAUCUUUAGCUCCAUUGUGUACGGACUGUCGCUGAUCAACAUGGGCGUCAGUCUGCUGCUGCUGAUUGGUAUUGCCCGGGACUCAAGCUGCCUAAUUUAUCCCUGGCUGAUCUAUCAUGGCGUUAUUUUUGGCUUUGGUCUUUACUUGGGGGUUUUCUACGCGACCGCAGGUCUGUUCAUUGACCUGUCGAGCUUUCUAAUGUGUCUUCUGGUGUUUAACCUUGUGCUGGUUAUAUUUUAUAAGAUCUAUCACGAGGUCUUCACCCUAUUUCGCGUGAUGGAGCAGCAGUCGAAGGAUGGCGGAAUGGGCGGACUCUACUACCAGGAUGCGGAGCAUGGAUGGACUGCGGCUGGGGUUCCCUUUCAACAUGUCUAUGUGCCGCGUCUGCCGAUGCCAAAGUAACAAGCACCUUGACCAUUUGCAGACCCAGACUUCAACACCAACAGCAACGAAUGGAAAAAUUAGAAAAAUAUGUCAUUUGGACUUUGCUUGUACUAUUAAUAAAACUUUCACGGGCUCGAAUUAA